UUGACUUACGUAGUAUCCUUUCAAUGGAAGACAUGCGUUUAUGGGUUAGGACUUGAAAGAUAGAAAAACGAAAUAAUAAAUUAAGAAAUUAUACUAUCAUGGAUACGGACGGUUUCCAAGUGAGAAUAAUUGAUAAUGAAAAGGGAAAAGGUCUCUUUGCAACACGUUUAUACAAAGAAGGUAAUAUAAUAUUGGAAGAAAAGCCGCUAGUAUGUUGUCAAUUUUCAUGGAAUGCAGAAUAUGGAUAUUUAGCAUGUGACAAUUGUUUGAAACCUUUGGAAACUGCAGAAGAAAAUGCUCGUAGAUUAACUAAUAAACCAGACAUUAUCUUGCCGCAUAUGGAAUGUUGUGAAACCAAAAAGAAUUUGAUUACAGAAUGUUCUGCUUGUGGAAUAAAAUAUUGUAGCAAUGAAUGUAAAAAUGAAGCAAUGGAAAAAUAUCAUAAAGUAUUGUGCUUACAAUCAAGGAAUAGAAAUGAUGAUCAUCCAUUAUUACAAUUAAAUGAAACAUGGAAACAAAUGCAUUAUCCUCCUGAAACAGCAACGAUAAUGUUAUUAGCUAGAAUGAUUGCUAUUAUUAUUCAGACUUCUAAUCAAGGAGAUAUUUUACAAACUUUUUCUCAAUUUUGUCAUCGUACUGUAAACGACACUCAUGAAAUAGCACACAAUUUGUUAGGUGAAAAAUUUAUUGGACAAAUCGAUGUAUUAAGACGGUUGUUACAGAAAGCAUUAAAUAAUGAUUAUACAUUGAAUUGGUUUACACCAGAAGGUUUUAGAAGUUUAUUAGCUUUAGUAGGUACUAAUGGCCAAGGAAUUGGUACAAGUGCAUUUGCUCGUUGGGCAAAAAAUGUCAAUGUUUUAGAACUACCUGAAAACGAAAGAAUACACGUGGAUAAAUUUAUUGAAAGACUUUACGAUGAUAUGGAAGAAGUGGUUGGUUCAUUUCUGAACAAUGAAGGUUCUGGGCUUUAUGUUCUUCAAUCAACUGUAAAUCAUAGCUGUUUAUCAAAUGCAGUUGUUGAGUUUCCUUAUUCAAAUAGCACCUUAGUAUUAAGAGCUAUACGUAACAUUCAACCUGGAGAUGAAAUUACUAUAAGUUAUCUAGAAGACUGUGAGCUUACAAGAAGUAGACACUCUAGACAAAAGGCUUUAAAAUCUUUGUACUUGUUUAUUUGUUCCUGUGAUAAAUGUCAAUCGCAAGCUGGAGAUCCAGAUGAAACAUCUGAUGAUGAUGAUUAUGAUGAUGAUGAUGAUGAUUAUAUGUAAUCAUAAUAAUAUAUUAAUUA